UCCAAAUUAUAAAAUAAUACAUUUAUUUGUUGUUCAAAAUCAACAUUACUCUUUUAAUUUGGAUGGUGAUUAUCAUAUGUGGCCUUUAACUUCACAAAAUGACAGUUUAUUGGAAAUUCGCCAAUCUAUCAGAGCACCCUUUAUACUGCGCAUGAUGCAAAUCGUCUUCACCAAAAAAAUAUUUUGGAAUGGCAUUCGCUCAUAUGUAAAUAGCACCCAAUUAUAUCAUCGAAGUUUUGAGAAUUUUAUGAAAGCAGUUGUUCCUGAAUCAAGAAAAUCAGAAAUGGUUCUACGAACAAUGGAAUAUUGGGCUUCGGAAGAGCAUUGUCCUCUCGUAAAAAUAAUACGAUAUUAUGAUAAUCCUACGGCUAAAAUAGUUAUUUCAGUGCCAAAUUUCGAUAUAUUAAAAACUUAUUGCUUACCUAUAACUUUUACUACGCAGACGUACCGUAAUUUUAACAAUUUCUCUUAUAUUUCGCUAAUUACGAGAAAUUUUGUAUUAACAUUACCAUUUAAGGAGGAUGGUUGGAUAAUAUUCAAUAUACAACAAACUGGAUAUUAUCGCGUUAACUAUGAUGAAGAAAAUUGGCAAAGAAUUACAAAUUAUCUACACUCUCGUAAUUACAAGAAAAUUCAUGUUCUUAAUCGUGCUCAAAUUAUCGAUGAUGCAUUCAAUUUAAUGAUAGCAGGCCAUCUCCAUUCCUAUAUAUUCUGGAACAUUAUAUCGUAUUUGCAUCAAGAAGAAGAUUAUAUAGCAUGGUAUCCUUUGUUUAAAGCUUUGGAAUAUAUAUGUAGUACUUUUCCAGUGUUGAAAGAAAAAAUUGGAUAUUUUACGGUAAAUAUUAAUAAAGAGUGAUGGCGAAAAGACCUGUUUUUUCGCCCAUUUUAUAGAGUCGAAUUUUGAGACCUCAAAUUUCAAACUUUUUUUAUGUCAAAUAGUACUAUAUGAUGAGACAUUAAUCCCAAAGAAAUUUCAAGAUAA